CGUGAACCAACUCAACAUUCAGUUCACCAUCUUAUCGAGCAAUGUCGUCAAGUACACUGCCCGCGUAUCCUCCACCGCUCGCGCAGGACCAGCUUGAUGAGCUGAAGGACCAUGCAGUGGACUGGGCUUUGGCUCAUGGCUUCGUCGUCCGUCCCCCACCAUCGUCAGUAGGAAACCAGACUAUUCCCGUCGUCACUCAUGCACCUUUUGCCCUCUUUCCGUCUCCAUUUCCGCGGCGGUGCUACGAACAAGCGUUGAAACUACAGCCGCUUUUCAAUGCCUUAGUGGAGAGUGUGGCCAAUGAUGAUUUGUUUCUGCGCGAAACGCUUGAGAGUCUUUCCAAAGUCGACGAUUUUGUUGGCCGGCUCUAUGAUAUUUAUAAGCAUGUCCAGCAGGAAGGAGUAGCACAGCCAAUAACCCUUGGACUUCAUAGAUCCGACUACCUUCUUCAUGUUCCCUUGGAUGCACCGCCAAAAACUGAGCCUGUGCUCCAGCAAGUGGAACUGAACACUAUUGCCUCCUCGUUCUCGAGCCUGUCUCAUUUGGCUGGCGAUUUGCACAACUUCUUGGUGAAUCGAACCAACUACUUCAAUGAUUCGUCGUUGCCGUCCCCAGAUAUUACUCUUUCUGCUCUCCCUCGUAAUUCAUCAAUCAAAGACAUUGCCAAGGGCAUAGCAAAGGCUUGGAGCCUUUAUGGCUCAGCGAGCGCUGUCGUCAUCAUGAUUGUGCAACCAGGGGAAAGAAACGCAUUCGAUCAAAGAUGGAUUGAAUACAAUCUCUUCUACGAGCACAAGAUCCGGUUAAUACGUUGCACGUUAGCUGAGAUUGCGGAUCGCGGCACGCUUCAGGGUGAUCAAAGAAAGUUGUUCGUUGGACAAUCGGAAGUUGCAGUUACCUACUUUCGUGCCGGUUACGCACCCACUGAUUUUCCCUCCCAAAAGGAAUGGGACGCGCGUCUUUUGAUCGAACGGUCUCGCUCUGUAAAAUGCCCAAAUAUUGCGUACCAUCUUGUUGGUACAAAGAAGGUACAGCAGAUUUUGGCCAAACCAGGGUUGCUGGAAAGGUUUGUGCCUGACGCAAGGCACGCCAAAAUGGUGCGGGAUUCUUUCACCGGAUUGUAUUCGCUGGAUGGCUCCCCAGCAGGCGAAGCUGCCGCAAAAAUGGCACUGGAAAAUCCAGAAGGAUUUGUCAUGAAGCCUCAGCGAGAGGGUGGAGGUAACAACAUUUACGGAGAAGAUAUUCCGAAAGCUCUGUCCAAAAUGAGCGUGUCCGAACGAAAUGCGUAUAUUCUCAUGGAUUUGAUCAGGCCACCUCCGCUCGAAAACAUCAUGGUGCGGCAAGGCCAAUUGAUUAAGGGAGAGGUAGUAAGCGAACUUGGCAUAUAUGGCCUGUGGGUCAGCGACGGUUCUGUUGUGCACAUGAAUGAGACCGGAGGUCAUCUCCUUCGGACAAAAGCUUCGACGUCACAUGAAGGAGGUGUUGCCGCUGGUUUCGCGGUAUUAGAUAGUCCUUUGCUCAUCUAGAAUAGAGAUUCGCCACGAGAUAUUGUAUGAAGACAAUGAUAUUAGGAAACAUGCAAAAGUUAGCUAGUUGAUUUGAGUUGUCUGGCCCUCCUUAGCGGCCUCACUAUAUCCGGAUGUCACGCUAUCUGCUAUGCUAGGUAAAGGUAUGAAGCCCAAUUCCUUUCGUAGCUCGUCCAAUGGACGAUGCAUAUGCUCUUCGUAAUAAAUGUUCAAUAGAAA